CCUUGUCUCUCUUCCUCUGCUCUGGCCCCAUGGCGUCACAUGGCCUUUCAGCGAGCACAUUGCGUGCCGCUGUUGCAGGGAGCACGUUAUGGGGUUUGAUGAGCAGCUAGCUUCAUCGGUUCUAUCGUUUGUAAGGUCGAUUCGACCAGUUCUGUUACAAUUCGAUCGGAGCAACAAGAAGCUAUUUUGAUCGACUGGCGGGUGAACCUCCAAGGAUUGUGGAACACUAGAACGCGUGCAGAAGCAUAGGGAAGCUAGAACAGGCGGGAAGGAUUGAAGUCCGACGAAACAAAACUAUCGUCGUUGCUGAUCCUAACGAUCCACGUCACCAACAGCGGCGAGGCGAUCCAGGCCGUAAGCUCCCGCGGUUGGCGAAUCCGUCGGCCACCGACGUGGACUACACCUGGCGGGGCCCCAACUCCGGCCAAAAAUAGCAAGUGAGGAAUUGCCGUCUUCCCCCCUUUCCGCCUUUCCGCCAGGCGAGAGAAAAAAACAAGACGAAUUUUUAUCUGCUUGUUAUUGGGCUCUUAUAUUUGCUCCCCGAUUCCUUGUUUCUCUUUGCGAAAGAUCUCAGCUUUCUCGUCUCUUUCUUGUUCUUUGGAGCUUUUCUUUUUGCUAUGGAAGCCUGCAGCUUACAGUGUCAGCUGUUUGUGGAUAAGAUCGAGCCUUCUCCUCCUUGUUAAAUCUGUUGCUUUUGCCUAGAUCUUUGCUGGCGACGAAUAAAAAAUUUGAUCUUGAUGUCGAUUUUUUCCGAUUCCGGUGCUUAAUCUAACAGUUUAGAUCAAGCUAAAUUAAAGGACGAGGAGGAGGAGGAGAAUAACAUUUAAGCCAAAUCCGAGGAGGAGGUGGUGGAGUGAUGGCCGGAGCAGAUCCAUACGCGCACAGCUCGGUCCACAAGGCCGUAGCGGGACACGAUUACGCCGCCCUCAAGCGCAUCCUCUCGUCGCUGCCCGGCCUCGCCGAGCCGUCCUCCAUCACCACCGAGGCGGCGUCCCUGGCGGAGGAAGCUAAGGCCGACGCCAUAUCGGCUUUCAUCGACCGCCGCGACGUCCCCAACCGAGAGACACCACUCCAUCUCGCGGUCCGCCUCGGCGACGCCGCCGCCGUCGAGUUGCUCAUGAUCUCCGGCGCUGACUGGAGCCUCCAGAACGAGCAAGGCUGGAGCGCGCUCCAGGAGGCCAUCUGCGCCAGCCAGGACAACCUUGCCCGUAUCAUCGUCGGCCACUACCAGGCCCUCGCCUGGGCCAAGUGGUGCCGCCGCCUGCCGCGGCUGCUCGCCACGAUGCGCCGCAUGCGCGACUUCUACAUGGAGAUCACUUUCCACUUCGACAGCUCCGUCAUUCCCUUCAUCUCCCGCAUCGCCCCCUCCGACACCUACAAGAUCUGGAAGCGCGGCUCCAACCUGCGCGCCGACACCACCCUCGCUGGAUUCGACGGCUUCAAGAUUCAGCGCUCCGACCAAACCAUCCUCUUCCUCGGAGACGGAACAGAGGACGGCAAACUGCCGCCGGGAUCCCUGUGCAUCAUCUCCCACAAGGACAAAGAGGUAAUGAACGCUCUGGAAGGCGCCGGUGCCCCCUCCACCGAGGCAGAAAUCCACCAGGAGGUCUCCGCCAUGUCCCAAACCAACAUCUUCCGCCCAGGGAUCGACGUCACGCAGGCAGUGCUCCUCCCCCAGCUCACCUGGCGAAGACAAGAGAGGUCCGAGACGGUCGGACCAUGGAAGGCCAAAGUGUACGAUAUGCACCACGUCGUGGUGAGCAUGAAGUCCCGGAGAGUGCCCGGCGCGAUGACCGACGAGGAAUUCUUAUCUCGCUGCGACGACAACGAGUCCGACAGCGAAGAGUUCGAGGGGAUACUGACGGAGGAGGAACAACAGCAAUUGGAGAACGCGCUCAAAAUGGGAUCCUCGGAGCGAUCCCAAUCCGACGCCUACCUUGCUCAUCGGCAUAGUUGCCAUGGACCGAGGACGGCGCCAGCAAUGGAAGACGCUCACAGCAGCAGCAGCAGCAGCAACAACAACAACAACGCCGAGAGAAGGCAAGAUCGGAAGAGUUGGUUCGGCAAUUGGAUUAAACGAAGCAAUAGCAAUCACAGACAAGACGAUCAAAAGAAGGCCGCGCCGCCAAGGAAUUCACUCUCUCUGGAGGAGAAGGUGAGCGACCUUCCCGGUCAUUCGAUAGAUGCCGCGAACAGGGCUGAAGAUCUCAAGAAGGGAAGGGAUCACAAGGAUCUCAAGAGCGGGAAAGAGAGCGAGUUCAGAAAGGGUUUGAGGCCUGUUCUGUGGCUCUCUCCCGACUUUCCGCUGCAGACAGAAGAACUGCUGCCGCUGCUCGACAUUCUUGCCGACAAAGUCAAAGCCAUUCGCCGGUUGAGGGAUCUCAUGACGACGAAGCUCCCUCCCGGAACCUUUCCAGUCAAGGUCGCGAUUCCGGUCAUUCCUACCAUCCGAGUCCUGGUUACUUUCACCAAGUUUGAAGAGCUACAGCCGGCGGAGGACUUCUUGACUCCUCCUUCCAGCCCCGGCCACAAGGUGGUUGAAGCAUCCACAUCCAACUCCUGGAUUCAAUGGAUAAAGGCACCAUAUCGUCAAAGCUACUCGAUGGCAUCUGGGCCAAGUAGCCGUGUCGAAGACAUUCAGAAUCCGUUCGCCAUUCCUCCCGACUAUGCUUGGACUACUCCUGAAGCAAAAAAGAAGAGAAUGCAGGAAAACAAGAGCAGAUCAAAGAAGGGGAGGAGUCUGAAUCAAAGUAGUUGAUACGCUAUGUGCUCGAACGAUGUCCCUCUAUCUCAAAGAUAAUCCGACUCGAAGGCUCUAUGGUAAUUGAUGAUCGUCUCGUGACGCUCAACGAGAGCCCGAAGAUCAUCUUUUUUUCUCUUGUAUCAGCUUGAUCUCCUUUGGGUAUGUUUGUGUUGCUCCUAUGGUCUCAUAUGCUCAUGACAAGAGAAAAGUGAAUCCUUUGUGAUGGACACUCAUGUCAUUACUAGUUCGAUCUUGAUCAAUCAAUGGAUUAUGUGUUUUUAAGUAGUUA